CUUAUAUUACUAGAAUCCGAGGAAGCUGCUUCGAUGCAGCAGUUGUUGCAACAGCUGCUACAGCAGCAGCAGCAGCAACAACAACAGCAGCAGCAACAACAACAAGAACAGCAGCAGCAACAACAACAACAGCGACAACAUCAAGAGGAAAUGCAACGAGCGUUGCAGUUCCUCUUUGAUGAGCUGCACAAGCAGCAGCAGCAGCAACAGCCGCAGCCGCAACAGCCGCAGCCGCAACAGCCGCAGCCGGAACAGCCGCAACAGCCGCAGCCGCAGGAGAUGCAGCCACAGCCGCAGCCGCAGCAGCUACGGCCAAAACGAAAAAAAAGAGGUGCCGGCCGCGCGCGGGCCCGCUGGCGAGCCCAGCGGGGCUUUUGGGGUGCUGGCCGAGGCGGUGACCGAGGUGGCAACGAUCGAGGUGGCGGCCAAGGUAGCGGCCGAGGUGGCGGCCGAGGUGGCGGCCGUGGUGGCGGCCGAGGUGGUGGCCGAGGUGGUGGCCGAGGUGGUGGCCGAGGUGGUGGCCCCACAUACAUAUACAACUACAAAUAUUACAACAUAUCGUAAAAAUAAAUAUUAUAAAAAAUACUUUAAAUCUUUUAAAUAUCUUUUAUUCCUUUCAUUAUUCCUUUCCUUUAUAUAAAUUAAAUGUGGUAUAAUAAGGCUACUGGCGAAGGUCCACGUAAAAAAACCUAACGCGCUAUUAGUGGCACCUCAUGGGUGGCGUGGAAGCCACUUAAAUAAUUAAAUAAAGCAUUAAACAGGUCUGGUAAGCUAGACUUUACAUCUAUAAAUAAUAGAUGUGUUUAAGCAACAAUUAAAAACUAGUCUGGCAUGCUAGACCUCACAUCUAUAAAUAAUUGAUGUGUUAAAGCAUUAAACAGGUCUGGUAAGCUAGACUUUACAUCUAUAAAUAAUAGAUGUGUUUAAGCAACAAUUAAAAACUAGUCUGGCAUGCUAGACCUCACAUCUAUAAAUAAUUGAUGUGUUAAAGCAUUAAACAGGUCUGGUAAGCUAGACUUUACAUCUAUAAAUAAUAGAUGUGUUUAAGCAACAAUUAAAAACUAGUCUGGCAUGCUAGACCUCACAUCUAUAAAUAAUUGAUGUGUUAAAGCAUUAAACAGGUCUGGUAAGCUAGACUUUACAUCUAUAAAUAAUAGAUGUGUUUAAGUAACAAUUUAAAACUAGUCUGGUAUGCUAGACCUCACAUCUAUAAAUAAUUGAUGUGUUAAAGCAUUAAACAGGUCUGGUAAGCUAGACUUUACAUCUAUAAAUAAUAGAUGUGUUUAAGUAACAAU